AUGGCAAGAUCUAAUUGUCCCCAUUGUGGCCUGCGGAGCCAACACUGCCGAUGCCGCCGGGAAGCUCCAGCCUCCGGAAACGCAAACGGUGAUGACGGAGAAAGAGCGUUCAAGCUUACUCGAACCUCUUUCUGCGUUAUCUUCCUCUUUUUUACUCUCUUAAUCACGGGACUCUGUUUGUCUUUUUAUUUAACAAUAGUAACCAGUUUAGCCGCCUUAGGGACUUGUCACAUGGAGGUCUUCGUCGACUCUUUCUCCGUCUCAAACACCUCCACCACAAACGCAAACGCAACCGCUGAUUGGAACGUCAGUUUUGUGGCCGAGAGCACAGGCAACACGUGCAAGAUCUCUCUCCACACGAUCAAAUCGAGUCUCCUCCGCGGCGACAAGCUUAUCUCCGAGUCAUUCACUACGGACUAUUUCGGGAAACUCGUCAGCGGAAAAAUAAACGAGUCGCUUCCUUAUUCCGUUUUCAAAACGGUUGCGACGCCCGACGGUAUUGGCGGCGGAGUGGUUUGGGAUCUUAGGGUCAGUUUCGUGUCUAGCUUUCGUAUAACCGGUCGUUCGCGUUCUCCUGGUCAAGGUUUCUUGAUGGUGAACUGCGGCGGCAUACCGGUGAAUUUCACGGUGGACCCGGCUGGAAAUAUGAAAGGAUCGUUGCUCGGACAUAUGAGGCCGUGUGAUUACUUGUUCCGGACGAAUUAUACGGACGCGAGCUUUUAG